AUGUCUUACAACUUUAAUUAUAAUAGACACAAUUCGUUGGGGGGAAAUUGGCAAUUACCCCCACCGUAUGGAUUGAACGGUAGUGAACAAACACCACCGUUGGCAGAUAAUACACCGGGGGUACAGGACCCACAAAGGACAGCACAAUCAAAUCAAAUGCCAGGAUUCAGGAAUCCAUGGUAUACGUCAAAUCAGGCGCCAAGCGGUAUGGUUACGUCGCCUAAUAUGUCACAAUCACCUACUAAGGGUCAACAGACGAUUCCGCUUUUACAGCAGCAAAGUAAGAGAAUGUCAUUUGCUAAUCAGCUACCAACGACAUACGAGUAUGAUGGACAAAGACCUUCGAAUGCGCCUCCGUUUAUUCAUCCACCAACUAGAGUGGAUAACCCCUUCAAUCAAUAUUAUACUAAUCAGGAGGUGAACUUGGGACAUGUCGAUAGAAGAAUGUCGGCAGUCGCCGAUGGGGCAUAUUAUAGUGCUAACAGCUAUAAUGCAUACCCUCCUGAGUCAUCUGAUCCUGAAUUUCAAUCACAAUACAUGCAAAAUGUUCCACUUUAUGAUCAAGGGUUGAAUAGAAGGUCUUCUGUUGCGACCGGUAAUUACCACCAGGCACCACAUAAUACGCACGUUAACUACCACCACCAGCCCGCCAAAGUUGGUAGAUCUGCGCUGAUCGUACAAUAUCAACAGUAUCAGCAAGCAUUACAGAAUCAAAGCCAAACAUCGAAGAGGAACGCAGCUCCUAAAGCCAGGAAGAUAUAUAAUAAGUAUGAUUUACAUCCUAAGGUACACCAUCAACCGAAAUAUCGUCGUUGCUCUGUUAAUUCCAUUCAUAUUUCGCCGGUAAACGCUUUGUCAGUGUACAUUACAGAGUCAUACAGAAUAUGCCAACCUAAGAAAUUCCAGUAUUGCAAAUCAACUAAUCCAAAGAGGGUGCUAACAAAACCACUGGAUGCUAAGUACAAUAAUGGAUUCGAUAAUGAAGAUAGUGAUUACAUAUUGUAUGUGAAUGACAUAUUGGGUACCGACGAAGGAAGAAAGUAUAUUGUUUUAGAUUUGCUAGGAUCGGGGACCUUUGGACAAGUUGUUAAAUGUCAAAAUCUAACGAAUCAAUCGGUUUGUGCUAUAAAAGUCAUUAAAUCCAAGCCGGCUUAUAUGAAUCAGUCAUUGACAGAAGUAAAAUUACUCGAAUAUUUAAACUCUAAUAGUAACAGUAAGCGUUUCAUACGUUUGCUAGACACUUUUAUGCACAAAGAACAUUUAUGUUUAGUGUUCGAGUUACUAGCAUCUAAUUUGUAUGAAUUGAUUAAGCAAAACCAAUUUCAAGGACUUAAUAUGAAAUUAGUUAAGUUGCUUACAAGACAAUUGUUGGAAGCAAUGGCUGAAUUGAAAGGAUUCCAGAUGAUACAUUGUGAUCUAAAACCGGAAAAUAUAUUACUUUUUCAACCAGAUAAGCCAGAUAUCAAGGUCAUUGACUUUGGUUCAGCGUGCUUCACUAGACAGACAGUAUAUUCGUAUAUACAAUCCAGAUUUUACAGGUCUCCCGAAGUGAUAUUGGGAUUACCAUAUACUGAAUCCAUAGAUAUGUGGUCAUUGGGAUGCAUCGUCGGAGAAUUAUUUUUGGGAUUGCCAAUGUUUCCGGGUACAUCAGAGUUUAAUCAGAUUUGGAAGAUUGUCGAUAUGUUAGGUUACCCACCAAGACAUAUGAUAGAGGUUGGACGUAACUCGUUAAAUUUCUUUAACAAAUUUCCUCCAAGUAUACCCGACGGAAAGCCAGUCUUUAAAGUAAAGACAUUAGAAGAAUAUAUACAAUUUUUAGCAACAACUAAAGGAAAAGAGGACCAAGUAAAGAAAGAACAACCGAAUAAGAAUUACUUCAAACAUCGUUUAUUGAAGGAUAUAAUUAUGAAUUAUAAAUUGCCUUCGAAGAAAAUGACGAAUUCUAUGAUCGAGAAGGAAUGUCAAGAGAGACUUUUACUUAUUGACUUUUUAUCCAAGGUGCUUAAUUUGAAUCCUUUAGAAAGACUUACUCCCCAGGAAGCUUUGAAACACCCUUUCGUUAGUGAUGUUUCUCUUCAUCAUCCAUCUACAUCGUCUACAGCCUCUUCUGGUGAUCGUUCGUCAAAUCACUCAGAUCUUUCCGAUAAUUUGAAAGAUGCAGGUAAAGCUCCAACGGGAGGCAUUUCCGAUUCAUCGAGGGCCCCAAUUCCUUCAUAA